CACCCACCCAUUCUCUAGCAGCGUCUGGACCCGCGCAGUUAGACGUCGGACCCUCCAGGGCCCCAACUGCCUCAUGUCCACCUCGCAGUUUGUGCUGCUGCUGGUGUUCUUCCUGAUGCUCCCCGAGGGCACCAGUCCUCAGCCCUCUUCCUUCCCAUCAGAGGCAGCGUCCACCUCUUCAGUCCUGAAACCAGUGACGCAGGGAGGGACUCUGCAAUCCUCCGCAGUGGGGCCUGCAACUACCCAGGACGUCCCUGGGCUCUCUACGGUGGGCUCUACUCUUGUGACCCCUUUGGUGCCGGAGAAUAGUAAGACUGUGGACCUCUUUCCAGUCUUAUCGACAUGUAUUUGUGAUUUGACUCUUGGUGUCUGCGAUCUAAACUGCUGCUGCGACAGAGACUGCCAUCUUCUCCAUCCGAGGACAGUUUUCUCCUUCUGCCUUCCGGGCAGCGUAAGAUCUUCAAGUUGGAUGUGUGUAGACAACUCUCUUAUCUUCAGGAGUAAUUCCCCAUUUCCUUCCAGAGUUUUCAUGGAUUCAAAUGGCAUCAGGCAAUUUUGUGUACACGUGAACAACUCAAAAUUAAACUAUUUCCAGAAGCUCCAAAAGGUCAAUGCAACCAAUUUCCAAGCCCUGGCUGCAGAGUUUGGAGGCGAUUCAUUCAUUUCAACAUUGCAGUCCCAGUCACCACCGCCUUUUUACAAGUUUAAUCCAGUUUUACUAUGGAAAAAAUGUCUCCUGUAUCUUAUUCAGGCUGGGGACCCCAUUCUGACUUACUUUCCCAAGUGGUCUAUAAUAAGCUUGCUGAGGCAGCCUGCAGGAGUGGGAGCUGGGGGAGUUUGUGCUGACCGCAAUCCUGCAGGUUUCUUAGAGAGUAAAAGUACAACCUGCACUCAUGUCUUCAAGAACCUGGCAAGUAGCUGUACCUUGGAUCCAGCCCUGGAUGCUGCCUCUUACUAUAACUUCACAGUCUUCAAGGUCCCACAAGGUAUGACACAUGUGCAGAAUAUGAAGUUCCAGGUUCCUGUAACACUUGCCUCACAGGCCAGUCCUCCUCUUUUGGCUGGGAACACUUGUCAGAAUGUUGUUUCCCAGGUCACCUAUGAGAUAGAAACCAAUGGAACUUUUGGAAUCCAGAAAGUUGCUGUCAGUUUUAGACAAAUCAACCUGACUGUAGAGCCAGUUGUUUCUUUACAGCAAGACUUCAUCAUUCACUUUAGGGCAUUUCAACAAAGCACAGCUGCUUCUGUUAUUGUUCCUAGAAGUGGUAAUCCUGGCUAUAUUGUUGGGAAGCCAGUGUUGGUUCUAACUGGUGAUAUAAGUCACUCUAUGACCCUUUUGCAGAGCCAGGGAAAUGGAAUUUGCUCUGUUAAAAGACAUGAAGUACAGUUUGGAAUGAACACAAUAUCUGGAUGCAAGUUCAGGCUGAAGGAAGUGGACUGUAGCCAGUUGCAGAACAAGAUUUAUCAAAUUCUUCAUGGAAGCCCCAGACCAGAGCAUGUUGCCAUCUUUGGUAAUGCUGACCCAGAUCGGAAAGGAGAGUGGACCAGUAUCCUCAACAGAAGCUAUAGUGUUUCAGCCAUGAAUUGUACUUCCUGCUGUUUCAUACCAGUUUCUCUGGAGAUCCAGGUGUUGUGGGCAUAUAUAGGCCUUCAGUCCAACCCACAGGCUCAUGUGUCAAGAGCCCGAUUCCUAUACCAAUGCAAGCCCAUACAGGUUUCCCAAAAAGGAACAGAAGUAUCUUUGACAACUCUUAUAAACUUUGUGGACAUUACACAGAAGCCAGAGCCUCCAAGAACCCAACCCAGAAUCGACUGGAAAUUGCCAUUUGACUUCUUCUUUCCUUUCAAAGUGGCAUUCAGCAAAGGGAUAGACUCUCAAAAAGGCUCACCCUCUCCCCUGUUUAUCCUGUGCCUCUUACUGCUUGGAGUUCUCAACCUAGAGACUAAGUGAAAAAAAAAGAAUAAUCAGAUUUCAGUUUUCCCUAUGGGAAGCUCGGAGACAGGCUACUUAUCAUGGCUAUAUAGAUCAGUCUAUACUUGCUCAUGACCAAAGGAGAGCAUUUAGGAAAAUAUAACCUAAUUGAAGGAGUAUUUGUACAUGAAAGAAGGUAUUGUAGGAAAGCAAUAAAGUAUGGGGAUGGUGGCUCAUGCCUGUAAUCCCAGCACUCAAGAGGCUGAGGUAGGGGAAUUGGAGUUCAAGGCUAUCCAGGACUACAUAGCAAGACCUUGUCCCAAAUUUUAAAAAGGGAAGGAAGGUAGGAAGGAGAAAAAGGCAGUAAAAAUAUUUCAUAUAUGAUAGCUAUCUGCUUAGGACUGUGCAGGCCACUAGGUACACAUGAGGUUCUCUUCUCAACCUGGGGUGACAAAUUGCUUUCCUCCUUCUGGCUAUAUUUUGCCUGACUAUAAAGGUUUGCAAGAAAAUCUACCUGCUUGCAAGCAUAGUCGGGCCCAGGACAAAGAAUAUGCUCCAGCACUCACCCAGAGUAAACUCAGGAAUGACUGUCAGGAAUGAAGUUCAGAGAAGCUGACUGUUUAGGCCAGAAAACUGCUGCCUGUGUAUUUUGUCUGGCUUCUUUGCCAAGGUGGGGCCACACUGUCCCGGCAUGAGUUAGGAAAGUAAUUUUUUCCAUUUGGUUUGCAGAAUGAAUGUGGAAUGCCACCUCUUCUUUCUGCUAGCAAAUAACCUUACCAUUCAUUUCUGCUCUUCUUCCUUCUUUAUUGUGGUGAGAAGAAAGAAAACAUUGACAGCUUUGUAAUUCUACAUCCAAAGCAUGGCAAAAGUUAACAGCCCUGUGAUAUGCCUCACAGUUUUUAUGUGUUUGUUUUUCCAUGUUUGUGAGGCUUAAAAAGAAAACAAACUGGGCGUGGUUGCACAUAUCUAUAAUCCCAGCACUCUGGGGGGCACUGUGGCAGGAGGAUCACAAAUUCAAGCCCAACCUGGGCAACUUAGUGACUUAGUGAGACUCUGUCUCAAAGUAAAAAAGGGGCUGGGGAUAUAGCUCAGUGUGAAGAUCCUGGGUUCAGUCCCCAGUUCCACAAGAAAAAAAAUAAAAUUUUUUAAAAAUUAUAAAUAUAUAGCAUAAAAGCAUUCAAGAAAAGGGACAUGGAAGAUACUUGGAAGACCCCAAUUUUAUGCUAGUGGUAUCAGGAGUGGCUUCAGCAAGAAAUUAGUGGGUUCAGUAUGAAAUCUAUCUUUUUAAAGUACAAGGCAAUGACACCUUACCAAGGGCAUUGACUUCCUGGCCAACUGAGAGAGUCUAUUCAUGCAGAAAAAGCUACUUGAAAAGAUAAUUGCCUGUUACUGUUUUUGAGUAGAGAGGAAUCGGUUGAGAAUUAUUAAAAAACUUGGACAGCACAGAGCAUAUAAAGAUUCAUUCUAUCCUUGUAAUUGAAGGCAAAAUUUUGGUGGAAGGUAUGUCAUUAAAUUUAAUUAAACUGCAAGUUCCUUGUUUAAGGAAGUGAAUAUUUAAAAAUAGGAUAUAAUAGGACCAGGGAUAUAGCUCAGUGGCACCGCACCUGCCUCACAACCUCAAGUUGUGACUGAGUUCAAUCCCCAGUACCUCAAAAAAAAAAAAAAAAGAACCCUAGUGAAACAAGGAAAUAUAAGUUACACCUCCUCCGUGACCUGACAGUUUUGUUGGGGAAGGCUGACGUGUAACACGGGAGACACAUCUGUUCAGAAAAGCAGAUGAUUAGUGUGGCCUAGACUUGUGAGGGGCAGGCAAGCUUUGAGGAGGAGUUAAGAGUGGAGCUAACAAGGCAGCAUGGUUAAGACUGGGAAAGUGGGAGGAAAGAGGUGAUCCUAGGAGCCUAGAACAACCUGAGUGAAGACCCAGGGGUUCUCAUGGGCCAGCAGGCUGGGGAACUAAAGUGACUGUAGUAGAAACACUGGACAAAACAGGGAGGAUGGGAAUUCAUAUGAGGACUUGAAAGCCAGACAAUGAGGACUGACAGACCUUUUUAUUCAAAGCAUUUCAAUACUCAAAAUUGCCCUCUAAUAAGACAUUUAUUUCUAAUAAACCCUAAUUUGUGAACAGAAAAUGCUAAUUAUAAAUACUGUCCUUGGCUGGCUUAUCAUUUUGGACCUUUUUUUUUUUUUUGAUACUGGGGAAUGAACUCAGGACCUUGCGCUUUCGAGGCAGGCAGUGAAACAACUGAGCUAAAUCCCCGGCCCUGGCUUAUUUUAAUUCAUUUCAAAGUCCCUGGACACUAAGGAGUUUCCCUGCAAGAGGCAAAGUCCUUGUGGGAGUUCUUACUAAACUUGAGGAAGUGCUGCUGUACAGGGGAGAUUCUGCACAGGGAAGUUGGGGGCUGGAAAGGCGAAGGCACUGUCUGCACCAGCAUGUGUUACACAGACGGUAGUUAAUUGAGCAACUGCCUCCAGAGAGAUUUGUGGUAGAACUGACUACUAUGCUCUUAGAAUAUUUAGGUUCUCUAGGUUUGUUUUUUUUUUUAGAAUGGUGGUUUAAUUAAGACAAAGCCGUAACAUUGAUAUGUAGUGACCAUGAAAACAGGAACAGGGUACACAGGGUUCUGAAAGUCAUUAAUACAAAUGGACAGAAGGCCCUGCUUGCUACAAAAACCAUCACGUCACAUUUGUAGUCAAGUUUAAAAAGAAAGAACGAGUGAAGCAAUGAAAGACACAAGACCCUGGGGGAAAAGUUUGUACAAUGUUUUUUUCCAGUACCAGGAAUGGAACUCAGGACCUUGCGCUUGUCAGGCAGGUGCAGCACCACUGAACUACACCCCCGGCCCUUUACAAAUAUUUGCAUAAUAAUCUUUUUUUCUGUGACUCCCACCCAGGGCCUCCUGCACACCAGGCAAGUGCUCUAGCUCAGGCGGCACCUGGCUUUGCAAAGAAUUGCCCAUGGUCAAGCUGUGUUCAUUGUAGCAUUCUGAUCAACUUCAUUUAUUUACGUAGUUAUUUUUUUGGUUUUUUGAGAGGGCUUCAUUAUGUAGUUCAGGCUGGCCUCAAACCCCUGGCGAUCCUCUUGCCUCUCAGCCUCCUGAGCGCUGGGGUUACAGGUGUCUCCAGUCAACUUCAUUAUCUUACCUUUUGGCUUUCAGAUGGAAGUUUAGGGGAAAAAAAACUAGCAAGAAAACAGUUCUGAAAGUGUUUCCUCUUAAAUUCUUUGGUAUAAUUUGGUCAUUUUGAUAGUAAUCUAUUCAGUAAGAACAAUAGAAUUAUUCAGUAUCAACAACAAUGCAGUGAGGAACACAAAUGCUUACACAACUGUAAGAAAUGAUACUUCUGAUCUUAUGGAAAACAACUCUAAAAAUUUCACAUGUGUUUCUGUGGCAAAAAUAUCUAUAUAUACCGCCUAAAAAAACAACUCUAAUGUGAUUUAUAUUAAGGAAAUGCUACAUAAAACAUCCCUUUCAUGAUUAUUAGAAUAACUGUUCUACAUACUUUUAAAGUAGAAGAGACAAUUUUCAGCUUGAAAAAAAAUUUUUGUGCCUUCUGAUUCA